AUGGCGUCCAGGUCACCGACCGCGGUCACUCCGCUGCGAAAACCCUCGUCUGCACCCGAAACCCCUAUGGUAAAGGAUACGACGAACACAGCACCACAACCAGUUCCUUUCCCUCCGCCGCAGACAUUCGACAUAAUUCCUCCGCUGCAUGGUCUUCUUCUGCGACUUCUUUCGGCACAAACCGCUGGUGAAGGCGGUCCAAGAACUGCUGGUGAAGCAGGCGGACAAGCGCCAUCAGGGUCGUCUGGUGCAGGCCAAGGGGUUCAGCAACAGAAUCCGGCAGCAGGAAAUGGACUUGCGCCUUUAAGUGCGAAAAAUUUGCCGACAGCGGCAAGCUCGAUCAAAAUUCGCAUUCAAAAGGCGCACGCGGUCGUUGAAAGCCUACCUGACAUCGACCGCUCGGUCGCUGAGCAGGAGGGGGAGAUUGAGGAGCUCGAGAAUCGUAUCGCCAGCUUGAAAUUGGUCCUUUCAGAAUUUGGGAAGAGGGCAAACACAGGGGCUUGA